CCCCAUGUUUUGUAUGUUUUUCAGUCAGGGCUGCACAUUAGAACCAGAGGAGAAAGUUCAUUAUGGAGUUUUAUGUGAUUUCAACCAUUUUAGCCUCCGUCUUCAUCAUCCCAUAUGCACUAAAAACAUUUUUCCCGUAUUUAUGGGUGGAUGUUCAAUACGUUGGGGUUCUAAUGCGAAUUUUAUUCAAGUAUGUAGCGAAUCGAAGAAGAACACCACCCUUCUUCGCCCUGGAGCGUUUCUUGGAGCGAAGAGCUGCGCUUUCAGAGAAACCGUUCAUCGUGUUUGGGGAUGAAAUCUACACUUAUGGAGAGACGGACAAAGAGAGCAAUAAGAUCGCCAAUGCUCUGCUGUCUCAGCCCGGGUACAAACCAGGGUUCACCGCUGCGCUCUUUAUGGGAAACGAGCCCAGCUUCUUGUUUACCUGGCUGGCUCUGGCAAAGCUAGGCUCUCCUGUUGCUCUAUUAAACUAUAACAUCCGGAGCAAGUCUCUGCUUCACUGCUUCAACUGCUGCAAGGCCAAGGUGCUGAUUGCAGCUGCAGAGCUAAAAGAGGCAGUGGAGGAUGUUCUGCCCUCGUUGAGGGAGCAGGGCGUCACUGUCCUCCUCAUGGCCAAAACCUGUGAUACCCCAGGAAUCGAGAACUUUUCUGAGAAAGUUGAGGAGGCCUUGGACACACCACCAUCUCUAUCCCUGAGAUCACACGUCACACUCAAAAGUCCUGCUGUUUACAUUUACACCUCUGGCACUACUGGUCUUCCUAAGGCCGCUCUGGUCGACCAGAAUCGCCUCCUAUCAGCUCUGGCUGUUAUAUCUACAUACGGCAUGACAUCCAAGGAUGUUGUGUACGUUAAUCUACCUCUGUACCACACAGCAGGGUUUGUUGUUGGAUUUUUCGGCUGCAUUGAAAAUGGGUCCACCAUGGUUCUUAAAAGAAAGUUUUCUGCCUCUCAGUUCUGGGACGACUGCAGGAAAUACAACGUGACUGUCGUUCAGUAUAUUGGAGAAGUGAUGCGCUACCUCUGUUGCACGCCGAAGAGAGAUAAUGACAGAGAUCAUAAAGUAAGACUGGCCAUCGGCAAUGGAGUCCGAGCAGAAGUUUGGAAAGAGUUCCUCGGUCGCUUUGGAGACGUCCAGAUUUUGGAGUUUUAUGCCUCAACUGAGGGUAAUGUUGGCUUUCUUAACUAUGCAGGGAAAAUAGGAGCUGUUGGACGUGUACACUUUUUGCACCAGAUGUUGUUUCCCUUCUUGCUUGUGAAAUACGACACCGAGCAAGAUGAGCCGAUGCGAGAUGCUGACGGUCUCUGCAUCGAGGCCUCGAAAGGUGAAACAGGACUCCUGGUGUCGAAGAUUACAGACAUUGCUCCUUUUGUCGGUUACGCUCUAAACGAAGAUCAGACGGAGAGGAAGAAGUUGCGUAAUGUCCUCAAAAAGGGGGAUCUUUACUUCAACACCGGUGACCUAAUGAGGAUUGAUAAAGACAACUUCAUUUACUUCCAGGACCGUGUUGGGGACACCUUCAGGUGGAAAGGCGAGAAUGUUGCAACAACAGAGGUAUCCGACAUCCUUUCAAUGAGUAACUGUCUGCAGGAGGCCAAUGUUUAUGGAGUCCAAGUGCCAGGACAUGAGGGGCGUGUAGGAAUGGCAGCUGCCACUGUAAAGAAAGAUGCACAGUUUGAUGGAGGUAAACUAUACGAGCAUGUGGUCAGCUACCUGCCUUCAUAUGCGCGACCUCGCUUCAUAAGGCUCCAGAGUGCAGUGGAAGUCACAGGUACUUUUAAGCAGAUGAAAGUGAAGCUAGUGGAGCAGGGGUUUGAUCCAGAACUCAUCCAGGACCCUCUUUACGUCAUUGAUGACUGCGUUAGAAGUUACGUACCGCUGACAUCUGACAUCUACAGCUCUAUCCUGUCAGGACGCAUCAAGCUGUGAAGAGCUUUACUAGCCAGAUGAUGCGCUGUCAGAGUGUCUGCCUUUUUUUUUUUUAUAAAUCAUUUCCAGCUCAGGGAAACAACAGUAUUUUUCCAAGUAUUAAUUUUUAACACACAGGAAUCACCUUAGCAUACAGAUAAACAAGUUCAUGACCCAAUGAUAACAUUGAAAUGUAAAAAGUAUAUUCACUGAGAUGAUAACUUGCAAUAAUUUCUGCUCAGACUUGUACCCUUUAAUAUUUGUAUCUAGUUCAUUUGCUGUAUAGGGAUUCAUCAUGGUGGAUCCUGUUAAAGCUAAAAUGUCGUAUAAUGCAUGAGUUUUUUUUUUUUUUUUUUGCUUU